CUCCUCCUCAGGCUGCAGCCAAGACAUCUGGGAUACGAGUUCCUAUCGCUUUGAGAUGGAUGUAGAUGGUUGUCAAUUAUGACCCAAUGCUGAGCAAACGCUUUCACCAUCGCACACUCUCGGCAUCCAUGGAGGAAGCGCGACUAUAAAGAGGUGCUUCUCGCCCCGUAAAACAGAGGAUCAUCAAGAGACUCAUCAACCCGAGUAUCCCAUCAAGCAAGAUCUGGACAGUCCAGCAGCAUCUUCCCAGUUUCAAAAUGCGUCUGAGCAACAUUCUCGCGACCCUAACUCUUGCAGUCUCCUCUGUUGAGGCUUGGAACCGCAUCGACAAGGACAAUGCGGCCCUCCUCGUGAUUGACCAUCAAGUCGGUCUCACCCAGCUAGUACGCGACUACAGCACCAACGACUUCCGCAACAACAUCAUCGCCCACGCCGCCAUUGGCAAGGCCUUCAACCUGCCCACCGUCUUGACCUCUUCCUCUGACACUGGCCCCAACGGUCUGCUCCUCAAGGAGAUCACGGACAUGCACCCCAAUGCCACCUUCAUCCGCCGUCAGGGUGAGGUCAAUGCCUGGGAUAAUGCUGAUUUCCGGGCUGCCGUCAAGGCUACUGGCAAGAAGCAGCUGAUCAUUGGUGGUAUCGUCACUGAAGUUUGCACUGCUUUCCUGGCCCUCUCCCUGAUUGAUGAGGGAUACGAGGUGUAUGCCAACACCGAGGCUAGUGGUACCUUCGAUGCGAAGUUGGCCAUCGAUGCCAACCGCCGUAUGGAGAAGGCUGGUGUGACUCUGAUGGGCAUCUUCGGUAUUGUGUGCGACCUGAUGCGCGACUGGCGGAACACUCCUGGCUUGCCCGAGCUCCUCCCUUGGCUCGACCAGUACCAGUUCGCUUAUGGUCUGGUCGCUCGCCACCACGCGGGUGCCAUUGUUAACGGUACCCUGGCUGCCGUUGAGGAGACCCUUAUCUAG